AUGCAUCAAUUCACAAACUCCUGCAUUCAAAGCUAUGAUGUGGCAUUUAACAGUAUUAGGAGAGUCAGCACUAUACUGUUCAUUAGUAUUAUAUUCGACGGAGUAUUGUGUAUUUUAGCAACACUUGGAAAUGGCUUGAUUAUYKUUGCCAUCUUGAGAUCCCGAAACCUUCAAACACCAUCUUACCUACUAAUAUCAAACUUGGCUUUCUUGGAUCUUCUGGUUGGUUUGGUUUAUCUUUGGCCAUACAUGGUAUUGAGAGUAUUCUAUUUGCAAGAAAAUGGUGCAAAAGUGUGUGAUAUCGUCGAGACUAAAUUUUCCAUGCCAUCGAUAUUAUUUUUUGGAUGGGUUUCACUCGYCAUGUCUGCGUUGAUCAGUAUUGAUAGGUACUUAGCUCUUCGUUCAAAAUAUCGAUACAGAGUUAUCGUUACAAGAAAGAGGGCACGCAUAGCAGUGCUAUUGGGAUGGUUGUCUGGACUUUUCUUYGCGCUCUUAAGAGGUGGUGUUAUAAAACCGAAUCAUGGGACCACAAAGACCGCUAACAUCAUCAACAUCAUUCUCGGGUUCUCCAUACUGCUCACAACUUGUAUAUUCUACACAAUGUCCUUCAUAACACUUCAUCGCUACACAUYGCAAGUGAAUGGCCAGCAACCGAACCCAUUACAAGGAAAUUUUGAURUUGUGAAAUACAAGAAAACUGUUAAUACAAUGGUAAUUGUAUUAGGCUGCUUGGUUAUCUGCUACGUCCCACUAUUCCUUGGUGGUCUGCUUAUACCGAUAGGGGGAUUUAGAGUGUAUUCUGAUAAUCCAUAUGAAAUGCUACUGCAAGUAUUAAACAAUUCAAUUUUUGCUUUAAACUCAGUUGUCAACCCGUUUAUUUACGUAAAAAGAUUUGUAGAUAUUCGUCAAGCUUGUAGGAAAGUGGUGAAGGACUUUCUGGUUUGCUAG